GCGUCGUCGUCGUCGUCGUCGUGGUGGCAAUUGUGUGGUGCUAGUCGCGGUACCAUGCCUAUCGCGUCGACGAGCCAAAGCGACGAUAGUGUGUACUCGGUGUUACCGUCAUCCAAGUCGCGUGGCACCACUGUGGACUCUGUCGGCACCAGUGCUGGGUUCAUAAGGGACCGCGUCGCGAUUGAUGUGCCUGCUUCUGUGGCGCCUGGCGACCAUCACGAGGAACUGCUGCCACAGGAGCCUCCCGUGUCUGGACAUGCUUCCCCUCUGCUAAACUUAAAUUCACCUGCCCUUGAACCCCGGCAGCGGUCAUCGCCGUCCAGCUACGAUAUUCGUUCCCUGGGUAGGACUUUGAUCCCGAAAGCGUGA